CUUUUAAUAGAAGGCACUGCUUGGUCAAAAAUAGGAAUCCAAACUCUUCGUUGUUUACAUUUUUAUGUUGUUUUGUUGUGUGCCGGUAAAGAAUGAGUUCAAUAGAUAAAGCAGCCAAGCAAUUGGAGGAAUAUGCAAAGAAUAAUUCGUCUUCUGUGACCACUACAGCAAGCGGUGCGAGAGUUAUUGUAAAAGAUGCCACCGAAACAGUUGGACCAAGAGGCCCAAUUUUACUCAGAGACGUUCAUUUUUUGGAAGAAAUAGCCCACUUUGACCGGGAACGUAUUCCAGAGAGAGUGGUCCAUGCCAAGGGAGCUGGUGCCUUUGGAUAUUUUGAGGUGACUCAUGACAUCAGCAAAUAUUGUGCUGCAAAAAUAUUUGAUACAAUAGGAAAACGUACACCCUUAGCUGUUAGAUUUUCGACAGUAGGUGGUGAAUCAGGUUCUGCUGAUACUGUGAGGGAUCCAAGAGGGUUUGCCGUCAAAUUUUAUACAGAAGAUGGCGUCUGGGAUUUAGUUGGAAAUAACACACCCAUUUUCUUUAUCAGAGAUCCGAUCCUGUUUCCUAGUUUCAUACACACCCAAAAAAGAAAUCCUCAGACACAUUUGAAGGAUGCCAAUAUGAUGUGGGACUUUCAUACUUUAAGACCUGAAACUAUGCAUCAAUGGUUGUUUUUAUUUAGUGACAGAGGAAUACCUGAUGGUUACAGACAUAUGAAUGGCUAUGGAUCUCACACUUUUAAACUAGUCAACAAAGAUGGAGAAUACGUGUAUUGCAAGUUUCAUUAUAAAACAGAUCAAGGAAUAAAGAAUCUUGAUUCAAAGACAGCAGCAGACUUGUCAGGAAGUGAUCCUGAUUAUUCUAUCAGAGAUCUCCAUAAUGCUAUUGCCAAUGGAAAUUAUCCCAGUUGGACAUUCUAUAUACAGGUAAUGACUCCUAGUCAAGCAACUACGUACAAACACAACCCGUUUGAUUUGACAAAGGUUUGGAGUCAUUCAGAGUUUCCAUUAAUUCCUGUAGGCAAAAUAGUGCUAGACAGAAAUCCAGAAAACUAUUUCGCUGAAGUUGAACAAAUCGCUAUGUGCCCAUCAAAUAUGGUUCCAGGCAUUCAACCUUCUCCUGACAGGAUGCUUCAAGGUCGUCUUUUUUCAUAUAACGAUACGCAGCGGCAUCGUUUGGGCACAAACUUUAACCAGCUACCUGUCAAUUGUCCGUUCAAAGUGAGCAAUUAUCAAAGGGACGGUGCAAUGGCCUUUAGCAAUCAAGGAAGUGGUCCAAAUUACCAUCCCAAUAGUUUUUCAGGUCCUAAAACUGACCUAACAGUUAAAUCUCUAUAUCCCAAAGAGUUUCUGACUGGAGAUGUUGAUAGACAUGACGACGAAGUAGUGAAAGAGGAUUACGAGCAAGCGACUGCUUUCUGGCGAAACGUUUUGGACGAACCAGCUAAACAAAGACUGAUAUCAAAUCUAGUUGAUAGCUUAAAACUUGUUCAAGAUGUGCUCCAAGAAAGGGCCGUGAAGAGUUACGAAAAAGUUGAUCUAGACUUCAGCAGACGAGUUCAGAAUCAAUUAAAUACUGCGAAACGUUGUAAAGCCAACUUAUAAUUUACUAGAGUACUGCACGGAAAUCAUAAAGAUAUUCAGGAACACAACCUGAAUAGUACCGUAUGAUCUAGAAAAAACGGCGUCCAGUUGGCUGGGAAAUGAUCAAUGACAUCUCCCAUAUAAAUUUACAUAUAAAAUGACAGAGAUCUUCAUUUCAUAGCCAACGCCGUUUUUUUUUCGAUAAUACGGUACAAUUAUCAGCAUUUUUAUAUCAUUGUAUCUAUCUCAUACACAACGGCCUUUGGGAUUGAUAUAGGUAUAGGUACUAUUUGUUUUAUUUUUGUAAGAACCUGUGUUGUUAAUAAAUGGUACUUGUAUUUA